CCACCUUGACUACCUCACGCUCGCUCGCUUUUUGCCUUGUUUCCUUCCUGUUUUCGCUUACACAUUGCCGCUACGUUCUUAAAUAACUCAAGGCGUUUUGAUCACCCGAGCCGCCAAGAACGUUGUGGCGGGUCGGUGACGAACACAUCGUGCUCCGUAUAGUACAUAGUAUAUCCGCCUUCUUAUUCGACUUUGUCUUUUCGCUGGUUCCCCCAUGACCGUUUCCAGCUUCGCACUCCACUGCCAGUGCGCCGUCUUCCUUUUCCGGGACUGGGCGGUUUUCUCAUCACUCUUGAUCUCUUCCACCUGGCUGUCUGCGGGAGGGGAUCUGGCCGUCAAUUUACCCUACUCAUCAACUCAGUGCACAGCAGUUUACCGAUACGCAACGUCAUUUCCGCAGCUAUGAGAGGGCACAACGCCGUAACUAUUGGAGCGCUGCUCGCGGACGCUGUGAAUGCAUACUCAGGCAAUGGGGUGGUUCAGUGGGAUAUACAGAGGUCGCAGCGGAAAGAGGAGUUCAACAGGUUGAGGAAACGGGCCGACACAUUCGAGGAGGUGGUCACGAACGAUCAAGCAAGAGGAGGGUAUUUUGCUACUUGCAGGUUGGGAACGCCUGGCCAAGACUUGACGCUGCAGUUGGACACUGGGAGUAGUGAUAUCUGGGUGCCAUCUUCCAGGGCCGCCGUCUGUCGGCAGAGUCGGACUGGCGAGGGAGGAUGUGGCCUGGGAAGCUUCAACUCUGACAGCUCAACCUCUUUCACGGUUGUUGGGGAGGGGAAUUUCGACAUUGAGUACCUCGAUGGAAGCUCAUCCAAGGGCGACUACUUCACAGAUGUGUUCGAGAUAGGCGGCGCCACCUUGCAGAACAUGACCAUGGGACUGGGUAUCAGCACUGAUAUUGCAAAUGGACUGGUCGGCGUCGGCUACGCCGCCAACGAGGCCAUCGUGGGGAACACGCGCUCGACAUCCUCCGUCUACCCCAACCUUCCCGUCCAUAUGGUCAACGAAGGCCUGAUCAACACUGUGGCUUACAGUCUGUGGUUGAACGAUCUGGACGCUAGCUCGGGCAACAUCCUCUUCGGGGGAAUUGACACCGAAAAGUAUCAAGGAGAUCUGACCAGGAUCACCAUCUACCCGACCCAGCGAGACCCAGAUAUCUACACCGCCUUCUAUGUGGUUCUGACCUCCCUGGAAGCGGUCAGCUCGAGCGGCCGGGACACUCUGACGUCAGAACAGUUUCCCAUCCCCGUGGUCCUCGAUUCGGGAACAACGCUGUCGUAUCUGCCCAAUGACCUUGCAAGCCAAAUCUGGAAGGAGGUUGGCGCCGUCUACUCCUCGCGGUAUCAGCUCGCCGUCCUGCCCUGCGACAUGCAAAACAGCAAGGGCUACUUCUCCUUCGGCCUCGGAGGCCCGAGCGGCCCGCGGAUCAACGUCACCAUGGACGAGCUCGUCAUCGACCUCACCGCAGGUAACGCCCCAACGUUUAGCUCCGGCCAGUACCAGGGCCAGGAGGUUUGCGCGUUUGGCAUCCAGAACUUCACCAACAGCCCCUACCUCCUGGGCGAUACCUUCCUCCGGUCGGCAUACGUGGUCUACGACCUCGUGAAUAACGAGGUCGGCAUCGCCGCGACCGACUUCAACUCGACCGACAGCAACAUUGUGCCGUUCCCCAGCAGCGGCGCGCCGAUCCCAUCGGCCACGGUCGCGCCGGAUCAGAGCGAGGUGACGAACCGUCCGGCCUUCACGAGCCCGGGGUUUGCGGCGAGCCCGGGGUUUUUAGACACGAGCGCGACCCGGAAUGAGAACGCCGCCGCGGGAAUGCUCGCGGCUUUCGGGAUCGGUCAGAUGAUGGUGGUUGGUGUCACGAUGGUGCUAACGGCGCUUGGGUCGGGACUGUUUUUCAUUACCUAAGCCUCUCGGCGCAUUUAUGAGUUGCGCUUUUUUCGUUCAUAUUUCAUGUGACUGGAGUCUGGAGUUCAUGUAAGAGAGGGUUGGCCUGGUCGACUAAUGCAUGUCUGGAUUUCCUGUACUUGUACCUUUGUGGGUGGAGGAUGUUGUUCGAUUAUCUGAGUGUUUAUUGGCAGCAGAUCUGAGGGAAGGGGGAAGUAUACGCACAAACUGUGCACGUCAAUACGAUUCAGUACCAUGA